AUGACCAUUCAUAUCCGAUUUCAGAGAAGCACAGUAGAAUUUGUUUCAUUGGUGGCCGAUUUCAAGAUGAUUUGUGAUGAUGCAGACAAAGUGAAAUGGAUUCAAGUGAUCCAAGCUGGCGGAUCGCUAAUCGGUUCGAUCAUGGGCGGUCACAUGGGAGACCACUUGGGCCGACAGACCAUCUUUUUCACUGGACAACUUUUAAUCAUUAUCACGUCGAUGAUGUCUACGGCAUCCCAGAAUUGGAUUGCAUACGCGAGCAUUCAAGGAGUGAACUGUUUCCUCUAUGGAGUUAUCGAGGUGACAUCUCUUACCAUGAUGAUGGAGUACACAAAUAACAAGUAA